AUGAAGGUCCUUAGUCUCAACUUCCUCACCUGCGCCGUCAAGGCCUGCAAGUCUUCCAAGGACUCAUAUCCCCUUCACCCCAAGGAUGCAGAACUCGUCCAGGACGACAUUGAGCUGAACCCAGACAUGAUCAUCAAUGUGCUGCCCCGUCUAGACUGGGAGGCUCUUCGCACGACAGCUUCUGAGCUGGGUUUCCCACAACUCCCUGAGCAGGCCCCCACUGCAGUUGAGCUCAAGGGUGAUGACAAGACUCUUAAGGAUCUUCACCAUCUCCUUCUUGAGACGCAAAUGUCUGAGGGCAAGCUUGUUUGCGGAAGCUGUGGGCAUGAGUAUGCUGUCAAGGAGGGCAUCGCCAAUUUCUUACUGCCCAGCCACUUGGUGUAG